AUGGGACACAGCAAUAUCAUCUCAUCUCAUCUCGAGGACAUGGCACCACGCAAAGAGAAAAAUGAUAAGAAUAGUAAGGAUAAAGGGGAAGAUGGAGCAACUAUGAUCCUAGAGUACCUUCGCGACCGAUAUUACUGCCAAUUUGCACAACAAACAUAUACCGUCAAAGCGUUGAAGGAGAUGCACGAGCGGAAGGAGGUCCAGGGACGUAUUGCCGGCAAACAAAUCGUCUACCACGCCCUCCAAGACGUCCCGUCAGACUCCACCUCAGCUCAACUUGCCGCCCUCGACUGUGAGCUAACCGACCUCCGCGCUCAAAUUGCCUCGACAAAACAACAUGAGAAAUCACUCCGUGCGGAACUGGCAGCCCUCAGCGCCCAUGUACCCACGGGAAAACUACGAGAGAUGGUAUCCAGGCUGGAAAUGGAAAGGGAAGAGGUGUUAAGCCGCCUUUCGCUGUUGAGGAGUGGGAGGGUUGCAACGAGGGUUGUUUCAGCGGUGGAGCAAGAAACAGUCAAUGGGGAGUGGAGGGUGUGGAAGGGCAGAGUUGUGGUGAGGAAGAGGAUCUGUAAAGAUAUGUGGGAGAAAUGUUCUGAGGCGCUGCCAGAAGGGUUUCAGAGAAUCGAGGAGUUGUGGGAGACUUUAGGGUUAGAUGGCAUGUUGUAA